UGCAGUUCCCUUUCCCAGUGAAGCCUUGGCGUUGCCCCUAGCAACCAGAGGACGCUUCCUAGAAGAGGAGGAGUAGAAGGAGGCCAAGGCAGCUCUAUCAGCAGUUGCAGCUGCAAGCAUCAGCAGUGAGCCAUGAUGGAGGAGGUUCCCAGCAUGACCACCACCACUGAGGGCACUUUCUGCCUCCAUCAGGUUACAGUAACAGAAAGCUCUGAAGAUGACUAUCAGUAUGAAGAGGUACCAGCAGAUGAUGACUUUAGCAUUCAAGAAGGUGAUGAAGAUUUGGCAAAAGCAUUGCAUACUAUGCAAGAACAAGCCAUUGAUGCCCAAAUUAUGGCUCAGCGACCAGGCCAGAUUACUAAGCAUUCCCUUUCUGAAACACCUGAAGUUGUAGAUGACUUCCUCUGUAAUUUUCUAAUAAGAAUGGGCAUGAACAGAACACUGGACUGCUUUCAAACUGAAUGGUACGAACUGAUGCAAAGAGGUAUGCUUGAACCCAAAGACAUUGGAUUUGUUCCAGAUGCAUACACCUGCAAUCAACAGCUGGAGAGGGAAAACAAAUAUUUAAGGAAGGAAAUGGAGGGCUAUAAAUUUGCAGCCAACCAAGCUAAGGAAGCAUUAGUAAAAGUGCAGAAAGAGCGUGACUUCCAUCGAAUGCACCACAAGCGAGUGGUCCAGGAAAAGAACAGGCUCAUUAAUGACAUUAAAAGGCUAAAAGCACAUUAUGCAUCCUAUGAACCAAUGUUAAGGCAGCUGAAGGAAAAAUAUGAGACUCUACUAAGAGAAAAAGUGCUUACAAGUUUGGAACGAGAUAGAGCUGUUGGGCAGAUUACAGGCUUGCAGGCAACGUUACAGAGCUUAGAGUGUGGAAGCAACAUUCACAUUCCUGUAUCUAGAGCAGGUCAUAGGUGUGAAAGAGAGGAUAAAUUAGAAGGACCUUCCCAGAAAGCUCUCAGAGAAGCCAAGGAGCAAAAAGUACAUACUGGAGUUAAUCCAUAUGAUCCGGCCAAAGAUCCAACGAAGCAGAUGGGCAAGAGAUUUCCAAAGGAUUCAGAAUUUCCUGAGGAUAUUCAAGUCAAUCCUUACCUUGCCCGUGCACGAGAAUGUGUGCGCCCACUGAAAUCUGGAGUUUAUAGGCUGAGCAAUACCUUGAAAGUACAUGAUCUGGCAGUGAGCUGCUUGGCUUUACAUCCAAGGAAAGACAUUGUUGUUACUGGAAGUGAUGACCGAUUGUGGAAAAUGUGGGCCUUCCCAAAUGGGAAUAUCAUAAUGAAAGGUGAAGGACAUACUGACUGGCUCUCUGGGUGCUGCUUCCAUCCAAGUGGAACAAAACUGGCCACUUCAAGUGGAGAUACAACAGUUCGUAUAUGGGACUUCGCAAAGGGAGGGUGUAUUUUGACCUUAGAAGGACACAGCCAUGCGGCAUGGGAUUGUUCCUGGCAUUCAUGCGGAGAUUUUGUGGCUUCUGCCUCUAUGGAUAAAACGAGCAAAGUGUGGGAUCUGAAUAGUGAGAGAUGCAGAUAUACCUUACGUGGCCAUAAGGAUUCAGUAAACAGCAUUGAGUUUCUUCCUUUCUCCAACAUCAUUCUCACCAGCUCUGCAGACAAGACCCUCUCUCUUUGGGAUGCCAGAACAGGGCUAUGUGCUCAAACCUUCUGUGGACACCUACAUUCCUGCAAUCAUGCUACAUUCAACAUGAAGGGUGAUACUAUUGUGUCCUGUGACUCUUAUGGUGUUUUGAAGCUAUGGGACAUUCGGAAAGGUUUACCUAUGGUCUCAAUUGAUGCAGGCCCACAUCCUGGCAAUCACGUGACUUUUGAUCCAUCUGGUCGCAUUGUAGCUCUUGCAAGCAAUGAUGGAACUGUUAAGACGUUAGAACUCAAGUCGGGGCAGCUUUCCAGCUUGUUGGGCCACGAAGAUGAAGUUCAGAGUGUCACGUUUGACCACAAAGCGGAGCAUCUGCUUUCGGGUGGCUCCGAUGGCACUGUUAGAAUUUGGAACUGAGACACUUGCCGACUCUUUGGUCUCAUCCCAGAGAAAUUCUCAGGCCACCUCCCAGCACUGGAGCUGGCUUCAGACGCAUUCACCGUUUCAUUCUGAAGUAAAGCAACAGCAUGGAAUCCCAAGUUUCUGUAUCUCAGUUUGAUUAAAAUAUAUAUUUCUAUUUCA